GAUUUCAGGCCGAGAAAGGAAAACCAACCAGAACGACUCAGGAAUCUCAGUUAGGUAACAAUGGCGGGCACGCCUGCAACUACAACUAUGGCUAUGACUAGAGGCAUGGCUUCCUUAUCACUAACGUCUUCCCUUCGCCCUCUAUUGCCUCCCCGCAACACAUCUACGCUUUGCAAUCGCGACAAUCGAAACAUCAGAUUAUGCAGAAGCUUAACGAGUCUUGCGAAAUGUGUCCACCGAAAACGGGCGCCUACCCUGAUUCGCGCCAUGUCGGAUUCCUCCAGCUCCGGCUUGGAGGACAGCGUGAAGAAGACCGUCGGCGAGAACCCAGUCGUUGUCUACUCCAAAACUUGGUGCUCGUACUCCGGUCAGGUGAAAUCUUUGUUCAGAAGGCUUGGCUUGGAUCCACUUGUUGUUGAAUUGGACCAAAUGGGUCAGCAAGGAUCACAAAUUCAGAAGGUGCUGGAAGGCCUCACUGGACAGCGUACUGUUCCUAAUGUGUUCAUUGGGGGCAAACAUAUCGGUGGUUGUUCAGAUACCAUCGAGCUGUAUCAGAAAGGAGAACUCGAGAAUUUGCUAUCAGAAGCUAAUGCCAGAAAAGCAUAAAGCUUUCUUAGAUGCAGAAGCUAUCGCAGACUUGCAAGAAAGUCGAUUGUUUAAUGGUUGCAUUUUUACCCCAAUUCCAGUGUAUAAACUACAGUAUUCUGUGAAAUCCAAUCAAAAAAACCAAAGAGUUUCAGUGUAUUCA